AUGCCUGAGCAACUACAUGAACAACAAUCCCAACAGCAAUACUCGACGUCUAUCCCAGGAGGCACCGAAAACAAACCUGCAAAACCGAAACUAGGAGGCAAUGCGAACCGCUUCUGGGGCAUCUUUGCCGCACUCUGCAUUCUCUCCUUCAUAUCUGCCCUCGACGUCGCCAUCAUUACCACCGCUCUUCCCAAAAUCACAGCCGAGAUUGGUGGCGCUACGCAAUAUGUUUGGAUAGCAAACUCCUUUGUGGUGGCCUCUUCGGUUCUACAGCCACUGGUAGGUCAACUGGCCAACAUAUUUGGUCGUAGAUCUCCACUCAUCGUAUGUGUCGCUCUCUUCGCCUUAGGGAGCGGUGUAUCUGGCGGAGCACAUGAUCCGGGCAUGCUGGUUGCCGGACGCACUGUGCAGGGCGUAGGUGCCGGAGGCAUCUACGUACUUCUAGACAUCGUGUGCUGCGAUCUUGUUCCACUUCGGGAGCGCGGGAUGUAUCUUGGCCUGAUGAACUCGUGGGCUGGCGUUGCCGCGGGUAUUGGGCCCGUCGUCGGUGGUGCUCUGGCGGACUCUAACUGGCGCUGGAUAUUCUACCUUAACAUUCCCAUCUGCGGGUUGGCACUGGGAGUGAUUCUUCUAUUCAUGCGUUUAAAGACCGGAGCCCAAGAGAACAGCAUCCCAAAACUCAACCAGAUUGAUUAUCUGGGCAACUUGAUCUUCAUCCCCAGCAUGGUCGCCCUGCUCUAUGGCCUAGUCACGGGUGGAAUUGCUCAUCCAUGGUCAGCAUGGCGCAUUGUUCUCCCUCUCGUUAUCGGCAUCGUGGGCUGGAUAUCGUUCCACAUCCAACAACUCUUCACGACCGUCCCAAGUGUACCCACUCGCCUCUUCAGCAACCGCACCUCAGCCACAGCCUACAUAUUGACAUUCACGUCGAGCAUCCUCGUACAAGCCCUGUCCUACUUUCUUCCAGUCUUCUUCCAAGCGAUAUUGGGCACAACCGUCCUCCGCUCGGGGACCAACCUUCUCCCAUUUGCGCUCGGCACACUGAUCUUUGCCAUCAUAGGCGGCAUCCUCCUUAGUAAAUUCGGCCUCUAUAAACCCCUCCAUGCCACUGCCUUCGCUCUAUCCGCCCUGGCCUUUGGCCUUCUCACCAUCCUCAAUACCACUACCGCAAGAUGGGUCAUAUUCCAGCUCAUCGCGAGUGCGGGCUCCGGCAUCAUUCUCUCGUGUCUCCUUCCAGCCAUCAUGGCCGCGUUGCCUGAGUCAGAUGUCGCUGCUGCAAGCGCAUUAUACAGCUUCAUCCGCACCUUCGGGUACAUAUGGGGCGUGACCAUGCCAUCUAUCAUCUUCAAUGGCGUCUUCAACAACAACCUUUCCGUUAUCUCGCAGGCGUCCUUGCGCGAGCAGCUCAAGGACGGCGCUGCGUAUGCGUUUGCGAGUGAGAUGCAUCGGAUACGCCAUACGCUGGAUCCGCGUGUGCUCGGUGAGGUUGAGGAGGUGUACAUGCGUAGCUUGAGGGCGAUCUGGUGGGUCGGGCUGGGGAUUAGUAUCGUUAGCUUUUUUGCUGUGUUUGUGGAGCGUGGUUUGGAGCUGAGGAAGGAAUUGGAGACGGAGUAUGGGCUUGCUGAGCAAGACGAAGGGAGUAAAGAUAAUGAUCGGGAAAAGAGUGGUGGACUGGAGGGCAUUUGA